UGGCCAACCUCCGUCAGCGGGAGAGCUUCCCCCGCCCUAGCAACUCCCCUCCAGCCAAUGACCGGCCUCGGGGCGUCGGUGGGUGGGGCCUGGCCCGAGAAGCCCGUUAGAAUCCAACGGCCAUGGCCUCGAGCCCCGAGACCGGGCCGAGCGGCGACUGGCUGCCCCCGCGGGCUCCGGGCGGCCCGGCCAUCCGCACGGUGGAGAUGCACGCGGGCGGGGAGCCGCUUCGGGUGGUGGUGCCGGGCGGGCUGGGCCCGCUGGAGCCGCCGCCGGGGCUGCCCCUCCUGGCCCGCCGCCGCCGCCUGCUGGCCUCGCCGGAGCUGGACGCCGUGAGGCGGCUGCUGAUGCACGAGCCCCGCGGGCACCGCGACAUGUACGGGGCGGUGCUGGUGCCCAGCGACCUGCCCGAGGCCGCCUUUGGAGUCCUCUUCGUCCACAACGAGGGCGGCAGCGCCAUGUGCGGCCACGCCGUCCUCUGCCUGGCCCGCUUCGCCCUCGACUACGGCCUCUGCCGCCCGCCGCCCUCGUCCGGAGAGGCCGCCCUCACCAUCCACUGCCCCUGCGGGCCUGUCGCCGCCUUCGCCCUCUGGGACGGGACGCGCAGCGGCAGCCGCGUCCGCUUCCACAGCGUGCCCGCCUUCGCCGCCGCCACCGAUGUAACAGUUGAUGUUCCUGGCUAUGGAAAAGUAGUUGUGGAUAUUGGAUAUGGUGGCACUUUCUAUGCGUUUGUCAGUGCUGAUCGAUUGGGGUUUGAUCUUUCCUCUUCAAGGAUUAGGGAUCUAGUAGAUGCCGCAUCUGCAGUAACUGAAGCAGUAAAGGCUCAGUUCAAAGUUCACCAUCCUGUCAUUGAAGACACAGCUUUCAUUUAUGGGACUAUUCUGACAGAUGGAAAAGAUGCAUUUAGCGAUGAGCCAACAAGUAACAUAUGCGUGUUUGCAGAUGAACAGGUUGACCGAAGUCCUACUGGAUCAGGUGUGACGGCUCGCAUUGCCUUACAAUACCAUAAAGGACUCAUUCAGCUGAAUCAAAUGAGGACCUUCAGAAACAGUUCAACUGGUUCCCUGUUCACUGGAAAAGCAGUACAGGAAACUAAAUGUGGUGACCAUGAUGCUGUUAUUGUAGAAGUCUCAGGAGAAUCCUUUUAUACUGGAACAUCAACCUUCACUCUUGAGGAGGAGGACCCACUGAAAUACGGUUUCUUUCUCAAAUAACUGUGCUUCUGUGUACUGCUUCGAAUAAUCCUGAUCAUUUUGAUACCUGUUUUGUUUUAAAUUUGGGUAUCGCCCUCUGUCACUUCUUGGUAAUUAAGACUUGCAUUCAGUUUCACCAAAGGGAUUCUGUAAUCCUUGUUCUGUAUAAAAAGUAAUAGGAGCUAUGGUUGCAUUGUGACUAGACUAGACUAUACUGUGAGCCACAAAGUCUCUGGUUCAGUUUUCAGCUGCCACAAACUCACUUGAUGGUCUUAGGCAGGUUCUGCUAACGUUUAGCCACCUCACCUGCAAUAUGUAUGGACUGCCUUCAAGUCGAUUCCGACUUAUGGCGACCCUAUGAACAGGGUUUUCUUGGUAAGCAGUAUUCAGAGGGGGUUUACCAUUGCCUCCCUCUGAGGCUGAGAGGCAGUGACAGGCCCAAGGUCACCCAGUGAGCUUCAUGGCUGUGUGGGGAUUCAAACCCUGGUCUCCCAGGUUGUAGUCCAACACCUUAACCACUAUACCACCUGCAAUAGGGAGAUGAUAAUACUGACAAGCUUUACAGGGUUAUUCUAAAGAUUAUUGAAAUACAUAUAUGAAUACUUGUUGAUGUUACUAGCGACAGGCUUGUCCAGUUUGAUCAACAGAGAAGGGAUGGAGAUUUCAUCCCCCUUCUUCAGUCCCACAUGCCCACUCUCCAUAUCUGCCCCAAAUCUAGAAUGACAGAAAGCUCUUCACUUAUGUGGGAGAUAACAAAGGAGUACUCUGGGGGAUGCUGAAAGUGUAGUUGCCCAGUAGCCCCAGCCUUUGGGAUGAAAGCUUGGGUAUAUCUGUAUAACCUCACAAAUUUAUCUAGCUAGCUUUGCACCUUCUUGCCCAAAUAUUCCAGUAUGUGUGAAGCACAUACAUGAUACAGAAUUAUCUUGAACUCAGAAAAAAAUAAUACUUGCCUCAAAAACUUCCUUGUGGACUCAGGUAGGGCAUUGUCAUGGUUCAGUGGCUUGGAUCCACAGCACUUUUUUGUCUUGGAUCCCAGGCAAAGGGUCACCUUGUUUUCCGAAGCCUCUGAUGUUUUUUCCAAUUACUACAAGGGGAAAAUCAACACAUGCCUGAGCUUUAUUCAUUUUUUGAUAGAAUUGGGUGACAUUCACAAGCGUAGCAGCUCAUUCUGAGUGGAUAUAUAGUCUGCCAAAUUUCAGACAAAUUGGUGCUUUUUGUGCUAGACACUUUUAAAUUUUAAAUUUAUGCUCUUCCCAGUGGUGAUGUGGGGAGCUUUCAUGAACAUGGCAGACAGUGUGGAGAUCCCUCUAGAUAAGUUCCUUGCAAAAUUUCAGAAGGUUAGGGAGAGGGAUUAGGGAGUUACAAUUUUAAAAAAAGUAUUUGAGGCUAUAUAUGAUUAUGAUGAUGUGCUCAAUUUGCACCAAAGUCACAAAGUGACAUUUUGAAGUUUUCACAGGAUGGACUUGCUCAGGGCCUUAGACCCAACACUAUGAUAAGGCAAGUGCUGACCCUUGUGUCUCCUGAUGGUGUUGGGCUGCCCUACCCGGGGGUCUCGUCUUCAUGUCCAUCACUUUGUGAGAGGGGCCGACCUAACCUCUUUACCCUGGCCUGGAUCAGGGGCUGACCUGCUAACCUCUUUACCCUGGUCCUGGCGCAUCUCUUUACCCUGGCCUUUUGACACCUGAGGUGUAUAUUUUUAGGGUCCACCCUAUUUUGUAAUGUUAGGUUUUUAAUUGUUUUUAAUGGUGUAUUUUAAAAUAGUUGUAACCUGCCCUGGGACCUUGAGUGAAGGGUGGGUAAUAAAUGGUGAUGAUGAUGAAAAUAAUAGGCAGUCAUUUCUACUCAUAAGGUUUCAGAGCAGACAGGCAGCCUUCUCAGUGAAGGGUCAUCUCUUUGUAUCCCUCUUCUCUGCUUGGCAUUUUCAGUUUAUAGAGAACUUGGGUGAGUUUAAAAAAAUGUUUCUAACUACUAAAACAAAAAAUCUUAGAAGUCCUCCAAAGCUGUUCUGAAGUUAGCCCGUUUUGCCUUGGAUCCAAGCUGCCUCAGAUUCCAGGUGGUUUGAAUUCCUCUGAGGAGGGAAUUCUCAAAUCUGGCUCAUGCCUGGCCUGAGGGGAAUGCACAGCCCUACUGAACAAGACUGUGAAAUAGCCUACAGGGGGCCACUUGCAUGUUUACCGUGCUGCAGAAUUUGUAUAUGACACUUGUUAAGCAUUCUUCUUGGAAAUUAAUGUGUUUAUACUAUAUUCACUACAUCCGCUUUUUGUUUAUUCUUUAGUGAAAAAUUAUAGUGCAGAUACAAACAUGUAAAGUCAGCUGUAACUUUUCCCUCUUUUGUGUGAAGGUCCUGGGAUGUCCUCUCCCUGGGAGGCACGCCUGGCAUCAUCAAGAUCUGUUUUUAGGUGCCAUCCCAGGAUUUGGGACCUUAAUUUUGUGCCUAUCUUUUAGUGGGGUAGGGUUAAGUUGGAUCUACUCUUUUAUAUAUAUUAUUGGUGCAUUUUAGGUUGAUUUAUUUUUGUUUUUAAUGUUUGUCGCUGUGAGUUCACCUUUCUGGGAAAAGGCGACUAAUAAAAAUAAUAAUAAUAGGAACAUGAUUAAAGAAUAUCCUAAAAGUAAUGUCUUGUAAUAAACCCUGCCAGUACAUAAAUCUCUAGAAUCAUGAUUCUCAAAAGAGGGACAAAAUAUGACUUUAGCACAAGCUUUGUUAAAAGUCUUUAACCUGGUGCUUCUAAAACAUUAUGUUAUCAUCAACCUAUGAUACUUUCCUUAUUAUUAUUUUAACAUUUGAUUUUAUGGGUAUUUUUAACUAAUAUUUUACAUUAUGUAUACUACUUAAAGCUUUUUACUGACCAAGCGGUAUAUAGAUCUUGUCAAGUAAAAUUUAAAAAUUAGUAUGUCACGAUAGUAUGCUUUUUAUCUGUUGCAAACUAGAGUUGUCGUGAGGAAGUGAUUUAGGUUGUGCCCAUGGCUGGAGACAGAUAAUAGUUUGUUUUGGAAAUGGUAUGAUGCAGCCAUUCUUACUCAGUGUGAGGACAUUUUCACUUUUUGUCCUGCUUUGUUUGGUUAAAAACAUUUUUCCAGGUGACGGCAAAUUUUGUAUUUCGUUGGACUGGGGGGUCCUUGAGUAAAAUCAAAGAACAGAGGUUUGCAGCAAAAAGGUAGGCCUUUAUUGGAUGACAGGCAUAUGCUUGGUCAGUUUCCCUCCUAGUGAGUAGAGAACUGCCAUUUGGCACUGGUUGCCUGGGGUUUUUAUACAUUUCAGGACAAAGACUUUAGCAUCUACCAGUCAGGAGUUAAUACAUCAGAAUGACAUAGGCAUGACAGUAUUACACAGGCAUUUGCACAGGUAUUACAUAGACACUGUACUUUCUGCAUAUGUUAUGGUGAAUUUGGCAGUGUUCAGUGCUUCACAUAAAAGUACAUUUUCACCAUGAGCUGAGUACUCCAGCUAAUGAGCUAAGCAUUUUAGCUAUUCUGCAAUUCUUUCUACGUCUUAGAGAUACUGAGAUGUUCAGCACAGUGUUCUGUGUUAUCUAUUAGAGUUGAAGCUGUGCCAAACAAACAGCACAGGGGGGAAAAGACAGCUCUAAAGAGAAAAGGAUUCUGGCUGGAUACUAAACUUUAAAAUAUUAUAAACCUUUAUAGCUUUAUAAAAUAAUGUUUUUGCUUAUUGUUUGUGUAUAAUAAUUUCCCCAUCACAGGUUUCUCUGAAUACCCCAGAAACCUGUUGAAGAAGGAACAGCUGCAAUGUGUCUCUCUAUCACUGCACUGUGACAUACCUCAUAUAAAGGUUACAUCUUCCCAAGAGUGGGCUGAGGCAUCUCACAAUCACCUGGCAAUCAGUGAGCUGUUUGCUUGAAUUAUUCAGAACAUUUUUUGGGACUUUAGGCUUGAAAAAAAUUCUUCGUACAAAAGUACAGGAACAUUUAUAUUGAUCUCAGAGCCCUGUUUCCAUUAAUGCCAAACAUGCUUCAGCUUCACAUCCCUCAUAAUGUCUGUCAUCUGUGUUUCUGAGAUGUGCCAUUGUAAGUAAAAGGGGGGAGGGUUGCUAUUUGGGCUAGAGCAGGAGUGGGAAGCUGUGGCCUUCCAGGUGUUGCUGAACUACAACUCUCAUCUUCCCUGAUCAUUGGCCACACUGGCUAGGACUGAUGGGAAUUGGAAUCCAACAUCUGGAGGGCCACAGGUUCCCCAGCUUUGGGCUAGAGCAGCCUUUCCCAACUAGUGGGCCACCAGAUGUUGUUGGACCACAACUCCCAUCAGCCUCAGCCAGCAUUGCCAAUGGUCAGGAAAGAUGGGAAUUGUGGUCCAACAGCAUCUGGUGGCCCACUAGUUGGGAAAGGCUGGGCUAGAGGAUACAACACUGAACACCUUUGUGCUAAAAUGAUUGGUAUACUGCAGUAUCUACAGUGGUACAAUAAAGUGGAAAUUUGUAUUACA